AGAAUUAUUCAGGAUGGUGGAAAACUGGGAAGUAAAUUGCGCCAGUGUUUGUAAAUUUUGACUUUCAAGAAUUUACAUUUGUUUGAUAUAUUCCAUGGCUGCUGUAGGUCCAAAGGAAGACAUUGUGCAACAUGGGAAGUAAAAGACCUAUUGAAGAUGAAAACGAAGAAUGUUGUGGGUGUUCAGCAUUUACGAUUAGUGGCUUUUAUGGGAAAGCCAGACCAGCAGUGACUUCAAGUAGAGAAAGAGAGAAGAUCUCACGCAUUGAGAAGAAGACUAAAGAAAUAGCGGAGCGUCCUUUGCCUAGUGUAUAUAAUCCUGGAGUGCUGGGUCCCCCUGUGAUAUGGAAAACCUUUCCACGUCAAGCAGAAGCCAUAAAAUACUCACAACUACAAGGUCAGGGCCUGAUGGUGUUUUCAUUUGAAAGUAAUAUUUUAGGAAAUAAUGGAAAGAGAAAUUUUGUGGUUGCCCAUCCCCGAUUGAUGUGGUUGCGAUUACGCGAAAGAAAUCCGAACCAGCGAUGCUCUUAUGAGGUCAUACAAGAGCACUCUGUUUGCAAGCUUUACUUUGAUUUAGAAUUUUAUUAUGAAUACAAUGCAGACAAAAAUGGCAAUAACAUGGUUGAUACAUUCAUCCAUAUAGUUUGUUAUUUUCUUAAAAAAGAGUUUGAUGUAGAUUGUAGUAGGAAAAAUAUAAUAGAUUUAGAUAGCUCCACGACAGAAAAAUUCAGCCGACAUUUGAUAUUUAAUGUUACAAGUAAGGCUUUUGCCAAUAAUAUCCAUGUUGGAAACUUUGUAAUUAUGAUAUGUGAUAAAAUAAGAGCUUGCCUAGGUGAACUGUCUGUAGAAAUUCCUGGGGCUUCUCAUGGAGAUGUUGAAAAUCUGUUGGUUAAAAAAAAUUCAGAAAAAGUAGUUGGUUUGUUUUGUGAUGAAGGAGUGUACACAAAAAAUCGGAAUUUUAGGUGUUUACACUGUACAAAACGAGGUAAAAACACACACCUGAAAGUUGCCAAAGAAAAUCAGUAUAUAUCAGUGCCUAAGAAUGGUGUUUGUGAAGAUGAACAGUUUUUUAUUGAUUCACUUGUGACUACAGUAGAUGAGAGUUGUAGUGUCCUAACUUAUGGUGAAGAGACAUCCAGAGUUCAGAGGUCAUCCAUGAGAAAACAGAAAGAUAAGUCUGUACUUGAUGGUUUGAGUAGUUCUCCUUAUCCAGAAGUUGAUAAACACAUUGAAAGUGUGGUGUUUCCUGGAUAUGUCCGUUCCUGGUUUGUUUUUUCACAAAAUGAACUGGUGGUUUAUGAAAUAGGUGGCAACAGAUAUUGCCAUAAUAUAGGUCGUGAACAUAGAAGUAAUGGUAUUAUGUAUGUUGUCAACUUGAAAACAGGAGAAUAUUAUCAGAAAUGUCAUGAUCCGGAGUGCAGAGAUUUUAGGUCUCGCAUAUGGCAAUUACCUGAGAGUGUAUUAUUUUGGAAAACCCUAGAUGAUGAUGAGAUGAUGGCAGUUGCUCAGUCUGUAAUAGACUUUGAUGAGAGUGAUGGUGAUGAUGAACUUUUUGUGACUGCAGCUUUUCAGGCUGAGCUGGAGAAUGCAACGGUUUCAGAUGAGGAGCUACUGUCUCAGGCAAAGAAGCUUGAAAUGUGGGACAAGUUGGAUGCACUGUCCAGUGUUAGUAGUUUACAAGGGUCUCAGCAGAGCUCACAAAGUUUAUCGCAAACAAGCAAUCCAUGGGACAGGCUUUCUCAACUUUCUACUCCUGAUAGUUCUUGCUUUGCAACAGUGUCAGAAUUAUGCACUUCAUUUAAGGAAGUUGGUCAAGGAGAAAGUACUGUUGGUCGUGGGAUGACAUCUAAAUUUAAUAGUGCAGUUGAUGGCAUGACUGAAAAUGAUUCAGAUGAAGAGUUUGUCAGGGCAGCUGAAUUGAUAGAAAGAGAUGCUUUCUCUUUGGCUUUAAAUACUACGAAGCAUUCUGAAGUGGAAUUUAAUAGUUGUGAAUUUUGAGUUCUUGGUAGCUCUGAAGAUUUAAUUUAAGUUGAAGUACUGCAUAUUUUAUUUUUUAAAUGCUACAGAAUUGAAGAAUUUAGUGUAUGGACACUAGACAGUUUGGGCAAGUUUUCUACAAUAAUAUUGAAUAUUUUUUACAGUACUGUACCAAUGUAUUAUACCAUCAACUAUAUCAGUUGUUUGAACAUGCUGAAUUUUUGUAAAUUUUCUUAUUUAUUACCAUUUAUUCAAGAUUUUCUUUAAAAAUCAAGUGAAGGGUUAUCUUUGAAGUCUUUUAGCAUAUAUAUAUAUAUAUAUUUUUUUUUUUCUUUCUUACUAUAUAGCUUUUUUUUCCUAAGGUAUUAAGUGUUUUGUAGUUGUCCAUUUUAUUUUCAACUUUGACUAAUUUUUUUUAGUUGAAGAAUUUGCUGAAGUAAUUCCAUGUGAAUUAUAGUCUAUUUUUCACACUCGGUGGAUUGUUAAGGACAGUCGAACUGAGUGUUAAAUAGUUCCUUUAAAUUAUUGAACAUUUAUGAACUUAUUCCCACUAGGGGGAGUUCCACACAUUGCUUGUUGAAUUGUUUUACCCUUCAACCAGGUUUCAUACAAAUUGGACAUUUGGUUAAUUAAAUAUCUCUUAUUAGGAUCAAAUGAGCUUAACAAUAUUCAUGACCUAAACCAUGACAUUGUUCCAUCUUUAAUUAUUGAAUUUGUUACUUCAUCAUUAAUUACUGAAUUUGUUAGGUCAUGUUUAUUUUAUAGCUUUGUUGUUUCAAUAAAACUAUAAAUACAGUAUACUUUAAGCAAACCAAGUAAGUCUGCAUAAUUAUGAAUACAGUACAUGUAUGUAUAAAUAAAUACCUUACAUUCUCUUAA